UUUGAGUCAGUCUCCUUAAUCUACCGUAGAGAACAUGAUUGCACCGCUGAUUUGUUGAAUAUGGCUCUGUCAGGAGGGCUAAGAUGCUGUCAAAGGGUUUUCUCUUGGAUACCUGUCAUUAUCAUUACAUCCGUGGUGCUGUGGUCGUACUACGCGUAUGUUUUUGAGCUAUGUUUGUUUACUCUCAGCAACACACUGGAAAAAGUGGCGUACCUUCUGGUGUUCCACGUUUGUUUCGUGAUGUUCUGCUGGACCUACUGGAAAUCGAUCUUCACACCACCCAGGUCUCCCUCUAAGAAGUUUCAGCUUUCCUACACGGACAAAGAGCGGUAUGAGAUGGAGGAGAGGCCGGAUGUGCAGAAACAGAUCCUCGUGGAGAUCGCGAAGAAACUUCCAAUCUUCACCCGUGCAGCAUCUGGAGCUAUCAGGUUCUGCGAUCGCUGCCAGGUGAUAAAGCCCGACCGCUGCCACCACUGCUCCGUCUGUGAAAUGUGUGUCUUGAAAAUGGAUCAUCAUUGCCCAUGGGUGAACAACUGUGUAGGAUUCUCCAACUACAAGUUCUUCCUGCUCUUCCUCAUCUACUCCAUGAUCUACUGCGUCUUCAUUGCCGCCACGGUCUUUCGGUAUUUCAUCAAGUUCUGGGUGGGAGAGCUCCUGAACGGGCCUGCUAAGUUCCACGUGCUCUUCCUCAUGUUUGUGGCACUCAUGUUCUUCGUCAGCCUCAUGUUCCUCUUUGGAUACCACUGCUGGCUGGUUGCUAAGAACAGGUCCACUCUAGAGGCCUUUUCCGCACCCGUGUUCCAGAGUGGGCCGGACAGGAACGGCUUCAACGUUGGGCUCCGCAGGAACCUGCAGCAGGUCUUUGGGGAAGAGAAGAAGCUCUGGUUCAUCCCUGUGUUCACAAGCCUGGGCGAUGGCCACUUCUUCCCUAUGAGGAGCCGCAGCGAAUCCCACAAUCCCUUACUAGCCAACGAGGAGCAGUGGGAGGAGGAGGGUGGGACAGAUGAGGAGAACUCUGGUGUGCAAAGAGACCCCUCAGUCGCCAUAGAGAUUGAGUCAUAGUGGUCAGCACAGAGGAAUAUUCUGGAUGUGGAAUCAUUGUAAGACCCCUGCUAUCAACCACUAAAAGCAGCACAUCGGAAGUGGCACGGCACUUUCCUUGAAGUCAAUGCAUUCCAAACCCUGCAGAAUGCCAGGCGGACAGGAAAACGCAGGCAGGCACCACAUCUAGGAUCAUGCCAGAAAGCCUGGCGGGGGUUCUCUGCUGUUGUGGUUUCGUUUUUAACUCAUGUUUUUAUCCCUGUUUAUUUUUUUUAUAUUUGUGUAUGUAUGUGGCUUUAUUUAUGAGGAAGAACACAAUGGACGAUUACUAGCUUUAGAUUGUUGAUCCUUCCUCAGCUGGGGUUUGUCUCUAGUCUCACACUCUUUGGAAGUCAUGCGACAUUGCAGUUUACCAAACGGUAUACCUGAAAUGGAGUUUCGUUUUGUAAGUAACCUCACACGUCUCUGGGUUUUUCCGACUCUCUCUACCCAUCCCCAUUUUUCUCAUGCCAGAGUUGCGGUUCCGGUUUUGGACACACCUGUGCAGCUCAACGCUUAGCAGUUGUUUUGUGUGAUCGAGUCUCAAUUGUGUGGUCUGUGUGGCAAUCCGUGGUGUUUCUGCAAAAGGUCCAUUCCUGUAGAGUCAGCCGCUACAGACCCAGGGCGCUAUCUGCUGAACCGUUUUCCAGGACGUCUGGGGCUGGCUCCACCUCCGCUGCAGCCAGGCCUCCUCCCUGCUGAGAGCCAUUGUUCCCAGGAGCGGCGGAACAUUGACAUGUGACCUCCUCCCUGCAUUCCUGGCACCUCCACGCUAUGACAGGGGAAUUGUCGGGUUGGAGAUUUGGCUGUGGCACAGCAUAACUACUUCUCAGAAUUGUUACCAGUGAAAGGAUUGAUGUAUUUAAUUUUGAUUC